AUGUUGCAGGUUUGGUUCCAAAACCGCAGGGCGAAGUGGCGCAAGGCGGAGAGGCUGAAAGAGGAGCAGAGGAAACGGGACGGGCAAGACGUCAAGCAGAGAGACGGUGAGACCAAGGAGGAAGUGUCGGAAGAGAUCAAUCCGAUCAGCUCGCCGGAACCGACGAAUCAGGACGAGGAGAUGGCGAGGGAGUGCUCCAGCCGCAGCAGCGGAGGUCGUGAAUCGCCCCCGGAGCAGGUGAGAAGCGCCCCGGAGGCUGUCCCAUCGAACCCAUCGUCGCCGCACAGUCCGGCUCCAUCAGCAUCCAGCGAGCCGCCACGACCGCUGCCGCCCCCGUUCCCGCACAUGUUCCCAUUCGGAGACAGCUCCGGUUUCCGGCCCGUGUUGGACGGUUCGGGCACGACGAGGUCAACUCCGCCCCUGUUCUUCCCGCCUCAUCUGGCCUCACACCUCUCAUCGCAGUUCUCGCCGCCGCUCUUCCCGGCCCUCAAAGGAUUCCCAGGUUUGUGUUCCUGCUGUCCCAUCAAACCCAUGAGCGGUUUGGGAUCUUCGCUGCUGCAGCAACACCACCAUCAUCACCAUCACCAGACUCAGGACAGAUCUUCGUCACCGGGUGGCGGUGAUCAACGCUCCUCCAGCGUGGCCGAAUUGAGACGCAAGGCCCAGGAACACUCGGCCGCCCUUCUGCAAUCGCUGCAGCACGUCGCCAAUUUCCAGCAGGCCGCGAGUCUCGCCGGAGGCCUCAACUUUCCACUGCUGCCUCCGCUCAAUCUGCAGGCGCUCAGGAAGCAGGAGCAGGAGCCACCGGCAUCGGCCAAGGACCAACCCUGAACCCGCCCCGCGUCUUCCCACAAUUCCCAGUGCAAUAAUACUCAUUACGAACCUGAAACGAGAAAACGAAAUUAUUUAAAUCUAGUGACACUGUUGUUAGCCUUCAAUUGUUAUCAAUUUGCGCCCCUUUUGUUUUCUUCGUACCAUCUCACUCAACCCAUCAUCCAAAACCAUUGCGUUUCCAUUAGUCCCGCCUAACUUAUAGUUUCCACAUCCCCAAUACUUAGUCAUCUAAGAAUGUGUAUAUUAUUAUAAAUGUAUAAAUAAAUAAAUUAAUUUGAAGAA